CCGAAAUUUUAUAAAAUCUUAAAUGUAUAAUUAACUAAAUUUUAAUGUUAGAACUCUUCUUUGGAUUAACCCGUUUCAAACAAUUGUUAGCUCCACUUUAAAAUCUAAAAAAUUUCAGCCAUGGUUCAGUUGCAGCGCAGUACAAAAUUCACUGGAAUCUGUUUCCUUAUUUAUAUAACCUAUGGAAUAUUCGUAUUCUUUAUCCUGCCCAUGCUCAUGCCUGAUCCUGUGACCAUGCAGCGUAACCAGUUAAAUUUGCAGAUGCAGAAGUUUGGGAAUCUAUCGAAUUAUACGCUGGCGACUGAAGGCACACCUGUGCGGUCCCUUUUCGUUACCUUUAAGGGUUCGGGGGCUAUUGAGUUUUUGGAUAAUUUAUCGAGUCAACCGGGAUGUUAUCACCAUUUUGCACCGCUGAUAGGAAAUAAGCGCAGGAUCGACAAGGAGGAAGUAGCCUUAAAGGCUUUGAACGAGCUAGUGGCACUCUUUAACUGUGAUUAUAGUCAGUCCGGCAGAAUGCUGGAUGUUGGUAGUCGGGCGCGUAUUUUCCGAUAUUUUUAUGGUCAUCAGCGUAGCAUUUGUAUGACCUAUUCGAGAGAUAUCUGCUGGAAUCGAGAUACGCUAACGGGGGUCUGCAAAGUCUACCCGUUUAUUAAUAUGUCGGUUUAUAACUUGGGACUUAAGUAUCUGGCAAUGCUUCUAAAACGCGAGGAUCUGAACAUACGUAUAGUAUUUCUUGUACGUGAUCCUCGUGGAACUAUGUACUCACGCUAUAAUCAGGUCUGGUGUACAGGCGAUCCUAACUGCGAGGAUCCGCGCUUUUUGUGCAAGGAUAUGGUUGACGAAUAUAAGAUUGCAGAGGAGCUGCGUCAAAAAUAUCCUACACGGUUUAGAAUCAUACGCUUUGAGGAGCUUACAACGCGCCCGUUGCAGAAUUCAAUGGAUCUUUUCAAGUUCUAUGGAUUGCCUAUUCACAUAGACGCUGAAGAAUUGGAAAAGGAGAAGAAACAAACAGGAAGUCUACGUGCCAUGGUAGCUACUGAGGACGCUUCCUUAAAUAAUAAUGUGAAUUUACCUUUUCAAUGGCUCGACGAUCUUAACCCAGAUCAGAUUAAGUUAGUGCAGAAUGCUUGCAGCGAGGCUAUGCGGCUUUGGGGUUAUCGCCAGUUUGAAAGCUGGCGAAAUUCUACGCAAGCGGCGGCCUCAUUUAAUCCAGUAGUACAGCCUGCACCUCUUUCUGUCUAGGAAUAAUUUAUAGUGUGAUGCUAUCAAUUUUUAGUAAAUUCUUCUUCUGGUUUUGUCAUUUAGCGCUUGUAGUAAAAAGGAACAAUUAUAAGACUUAAAAAUA